AUGUCACACAACGCAAACCCUUCUUCCUUAAAAGCAUCCAUGUCACAUAAUACCAAACCUUCUUCCUUAGAAGCAUCGAACACAAACCCUUCUUCUGCAUCCAUGUCCGAGAAAACACAACCUCGUAAAAGACUUAUCGUCAAGCUCAGUUAUCCUCCUGGUUCAAGAAAACGUGAUUCAGAUUCUUGCGCUACAGAUGAAAACAAGAGAAGGAAGAUUCAAGAUUCUGUGAAACCAGUCGUAACCUGUUAUUGGGUUGAUUCAAAUUAUCAAACCAAAUCAACAGCUUUGUCUCAAACAAAGGAUAGUUUCAUUGUUGUUGAAAACAAGAAGAUCAUCAAGAACCAAGUUUCCAACACAGUUACGUCUCAAACAAAGGAUAGUAGCAUUGUUGUUGAAAACAAGAAGAUCAUCAAGAACCAAGUUUCCAACACAGUUACGUCUCAAACAAAGGAUAGUAACAUUGUUGUUGAAAACAAGAAGAUCAUCAAGAACCAAGUUUCCAACACAGUUACGUCUCAAACAAAGGAUAGUAACAUUGUUGUUGAAAACAACAAGAUCACAGUCGAAAGGUGA